UGUUGGAGCGCUCUUAACAAAAUGGAGAUUUCUUUUAAAAAUAAGCGAGUUCUAGUUACAGGCGCCGGUCAAGGUAUCGGUAGAGGCAUGGCCAUCGAGUUAUGGCGCGCCGGUGCCGAAGUGGUAGCCAUCUCCCGCACAAAGUCCUAUCUGGACUCUCUCCAGAAGGAGUACCCCUCCAUCAGGACCGUGGCCUUGGAUUUAGCCGACUGGGAGCAGACUCGGAAGGUGCUGGAAACUCUGGGCCACUUCGACUGUCUGGUGAACAACGCGGCGCUCGGACUCACAGAGGACUUCCUUACCACUACUCCUGAGAAUUUCGACCUCCUAAUGAACGUGAAUGUAAAAUCCGUCUUAAAUGUGAGCCAAGUGGUCGCAAAGAAAAUGAUAGAUGCUAAAACUGGUGGUUCCAUAGUCAACAUUUCCUCACAAGCGUCCAAAGCAGCUCUUUGGGGGCACGUAACAUACAGCGCGACCAAGGGCGCCAUAGACGCGAUGACUCGAGUCAUGGCUCUCGAGCUGGGCCCUCACAACAUCCGCGUCAACGCAGUCAACCCUACGGUCAUUAUGACGGAGAUGGGACGUCUUGGUUGGUCCGACCCGCAGAAGGCUGAAGGCAUGCUCUCGAAGAUACCACUUGGAAGAUUCGGCGAGGUGUCAGAGGUAGUCAACGCGGUGUGCUUCCUCUUGAGCGACAAGGCCAGCAUGAUAAACGGCGUCGAGCUGCCCAUCGAUGGAGGAUUCUUAGCAUGUUAGAGCAUUGUGUACUUUGUAUAAUUGUCUUGUAUUUAUUGU